AACCCCACUUAAUUCAUGUUUACGCCAAAUUCGCAGGCUGCUGCACCCAAGGAUAUUGAGAAGCCCCAUGGCGGCGAUUCUGCCUCUGUGCACCGCAUCCGCAUCACCCUGACCUCCAGGAACGUGCGUUCCCUGGAGAACGUGUGCCGCGACCUGAUCAACGGUGCCAAGAACCAGAACCUGCGCGUCAAGGGCCCCGUGCGCAUGCCGACUAAGACCCUGCGUAUCACAACCCGUAAGACUCCUUGUGGUGAGGGUUCGAAGACCUGGGAUCGCUUCCAGAUGAGAAUCCACAAGCGCAUCAUCGACUUGCACUCGCCUUCUGAGAUUGUCAAGAAGAUCACCUCCAUCAACAUCGAGCCCGGCGUAGAGGUUGAGGUCACCAUCGCCAACUAAGAUCGGCAGAUGCCACAUUUUUACACCUCGAAAAGUUUGGCGUACAAAUAAAAACAAAGAACUUUUUCCAAACACA